AACUACAGACAGAUAUCCUGACACUUCUGGAGAAUGUUAAAUGCCAAGGGAACAAUCCAUCUGGUUUAAAACAGGCAUUGCGUGCCCUUGCCAAUAUUUUCAACUCUGAAUCUGCAUCCAAGGAGUAUUUCUAUGUGACAGGGGGUGUUGAAGAGCUCCAGAAACUGUUGCUGGAAGGAGAUUGUCCACUCACAGUUGUUCCUGCAGCAUUGUAUUGCCUAGCAUGUGCUGUGAGACAAAACGUAACAUCACAGAAUGCUGUUUUAACUGAGCGAAUGUUCAGUUUGAUCCACGAGUUAUUGUCUCAUGGUGACAGCUCUGAUAGACUCCUACAGUCUGCAGCAUUCUUGCUGGCCUUUUCAGUGGCUGGAAGCAACAAAGGGCAGCUAUUGGCUGCUGAGACUGGUUGCUUGCAGGAUCUUGUGAAUUUGUUACGGGAUUUCCUGGCAUCCGGUUCUGAAGAUGAGAACACUUGGUCCUCAGUCAUUACAGCAAUAGGAGUCUGUGUCAGCAACCCUCAGAAUGUUCACAACCAGCAAGUUUGCUGUAGCAUGCUGCCCCACACGCUGAAGUUUGUCAGCACAGAAACCGGACACAAGUGUCUGCCCCAUGUGUUUACAUUGAUCUCCUCUGUUGUGGCUAAUAAUGUGCCAAAUCAGAAUAGAAUCCGCAGAUGUGGAGGCAUUGAAAUUCUGAUAGAUUUUAUCAGACACCAAGUUGAUAUAGAAAUGACUCCCUUGUCACUAAACCUAUUGGUCAGUGCUGUAUCUGCUGUUGAUGGCUGUAUCGUGGACAAUGAGGAGUGUGGAAGCCAGGCUGGGACUCUAGGCUUGGUUCAGAUUUUGUUGGAUCUCCUUGAGACUAACAACUUAGAGCUCAGUCAGAUGCAGAUCUUCAUCAUCACCUUAGCUCAUGUGCUGGAGUCAAGCAAGCACUGUCAGCUUAUCAAUGGAAGCAGAGGCUAUUAUACCUUAGUCAACUAUUUCACAGAAUGUCAGGAUGAGGAGUUGGUUAAGACCAUCAAGUAUAUCCUGACUUUAUGUAAAACACAAGAUGUCUCCUCACUGUACCCGGGGAGAGAAUAUUGUUCAAUGGGGCAGACCAGAGCAGUUACGAGAAGCACAGGUACACAGACAGUGGUAAUCUUGUUACCUCUUCAUUUAGCAGGAGCGAAACAAGGAAACAACAGUCAGCUGGUGACAAACAGCAUCCAUCUGAGAGGAAAAUUAUCUUUGGUCAAAAAGAGCAAGACAGUUGUGGUGGCAGACAUGCAGUUACAGAUCAUACAUCUAGUCAUAUGA